GCGCUGGGCUCCGGCUCCGGCUCCGCGGGCGGAAGCGGUGCGGCGGCGGGAGCCAAGGAGGAGGCUCCGGGCGCUGCUCAGGAACCGGGGACGCCGGAGUGCCCGCACCCUGCGCACUCAGCCCCGAGGCGACUAAGGGCCAAGUGCUUCACACUGACCCUGUGCCCAACGGAGACCCAUUUUGCUCCUUGGACUGAACUGAACAUCCACAGACUCUGGUAUCCCAUUCUUCAUAAUAGGAAUAAAGAUACCAUCCCUUCCCCUCUACAAAAGCUGAAUAGAAGGAAAAAUCAUGGCUGAGUACGGGACCCUCCUCCAGGACCUGACCAACAACAUCACCCUUGAAGAUCUGGAGCAGCUCAAAUCAGCCUGCAAGGAGGACAUCCCCAGUGAGAAGAGUGAGGAGAUCACAACGGGCAGUGCCUGGUUCAGCUUCUUGGAGAGCCACAACAAGCUGGACAAAGACAACCUCUCCUACAUUGAGCAUAUCUUUGAGAUCUCUCGCCGUCCUGACCUACUCACUAUGGUGGUUGACUAUAGAACCCGUGUUCUAAAGAUCUCUGAGGAGGAUGAGCUGGACACCAAGCUAACCCGUAUCCCCAGUGCCAAGAAGUACAAAGACAUUAUCCGGCAGCCCUCUGAGGAAGAGAUCAUCAAAUUGGCUCCUCCACCGAAGAAAGCCUGAGGAAGGGGAGGAAGAGGAGGAAGGUUGGACCUUCAAAGGACCACUCCCUUCCCCCAGCCUCCAGGGGAGGGGGAAAAGGGCCCCUCCCCCCAAUCUACCCACUUACUAACCUGGUCCUAACCCCCUUACUGUGCGCGUGUGUGUGCGUGUGCCGCACGCUCUGGCUGUCUGUCUACAUGUCUAGCUCAUCUAGCUCCUCUUCCUUGUGAGGGGCUGGGGGUCAGAGGCUGGGGUGGGGGGGGGCUGUUUUCCUACUUUAGGGAAACUAUGCAUAUAGAAAUGGGCACAUUCCUCCUACAUCCCCUUCCUCCACUCUUCCCCCACAUCUCUCAAGUGUGAGAGCAUAAAGUACUUGCAUUUUCCUGCACAGAGACACAGAGGAAGGGGUGAGAUAAGUGGAUCUAAUAAAAAGCAGUGGGAAGGAAGGUGAAGGGGCUAUCCAACCCCAACCUGGGACGGGCAAACAAAAGCCAGAGUUCAGUUUUGGUUCCUGAUGCUGGACUGGCUGCAGAGCCCAGGUUCUAGCCAUUCCUCAGGUUGAAGGGCCUAGGCACCAGCAGGUCCCUUUUUGCUCCCCUCUUAUGGGCCCAGGAUGGGUAUGAGCCAGGGAUCUAAUGACAGAGGACCACUGGAUCCUUUUCUGGCCCCAAAGCUCUAACCAAACAGAGCACUCAGCAUUAGAUAACCCCCCAACCCCAACGCACCUCUGCUCUGGAGUGACUGUGCUGGGAAAAUGCCCCACUGAACCUGAGAUGGGGCUAAGGGGCAGAGAGAAGGGCCUCUGUUCCACUCCUUUAUUGCUACUCAGACUGUUGCACAUACUGACACCGAACCUUGGGGAGGUUGGGGAGAGAUCCUUAUGUUUCAACUCCAAGUCUGCCCCCACCAGCAGGGUUCCAGAAUGGUUAUUGUUGAAAACUUUCCCUCUUUCCCUGGUCUAGAAUACCCCAAGCCUGAAAGGAGGGAAGAAGUUAAUUACAGUGUUUUCCUUUGCACUGACCCCAAAUUCAAUCCAGGAAGGGACUUGGUAACCGAUCUCCCUCAGUUUCCUGGCACCAUGGGCUUAUAAAGGCCUCUUAGCCAAAUCACUACAGUACAGUGCCCCCAGCCUCCUGCCUGUCCCAAGAUGCCCUGCCCUGACCGUGCUAACUGUGUGUACAUAUAUAUUCUACAUAUAUGUAUAUUAAACCCACACUGCCAUGUCUGCCCUUUUUUGUGGUGUCUAGCAUUAACUUAUUGUCUAGGCCAGAGUGGGGGUGGGAGGGGAAUGCCAAAUGAAGGGAGUUGCAGAGUCAAAUACCUACAGUCAAAAUAAAACUUUUUUUAAACUUUAAAUUCACAUGCAAUUCUCGAGAGACUAUUUAGAGUUUAAGUUAGGAGCUUUUAGGAUGUGGUAGCAAAACUCUAAUGGGAGGGGAGGGCUGGCUGUUGGCUGUUGGAAGAGGGAGGAAGCCAGACUGGUUGGAGAGUACCUUCUACUCCUAGUCUAGCCCAGCCUACCUGUCCCCUCUGGCCACUGCUGCAGACACCUGCCUUAACACGUACACCUCGAGUACUCCACAGUUUUGCCUUAAAGGACCUAAGUUCCCCCAGCCCUGUCUGGCUUCUCCCUCAAGGAGAGAGGGAUGAUUGUAUAAUAGGGAGGGGGAAAUGAGCAUGAAUUGUCUUUCCAGUCAAGGUAACAUGAGAGAGAGUGAGAGCGAGAGAAUGAAUAUGAAUGAGGAUGAAUAAGACUUCCUUUGAAGAGGGGAAGAGUGUGAGAUGGGGAGAAGGAAGACAGGGCCAUUUUCAGCAGUCUAGUAUAAUUUCUCUGUAAGGCAAAAAUAAUCUAAAAAGACUAAUCUGCCCUCCCACCCCCUGUAAUGCUGUGAGACUGCUCCGUCCUGUGCUCCUGUGUGUAGUGUGCACGGCCUUGUUCUAACCCUGAAAUAAAGGUGAUUGACUGUAACUGUAUCUGAUUGUAG